GCCCGACGGUUGCUUCGCUUUGGGGUUUCCAUCAUCGCUAUUCAUCGGUAACACCCGGCAGCAGAGAGAAAAGGCGACUCGGAUCGCUGUCGCACCCCAUCUCGUUCCGGUUCACUGAUUGUUCUUGCCCUGUUCACUGAUUGUCCACGCCGCGCAGCCGCAGGGCAAGCAACACCCUGCAACACCCUCAAACGACUGGCGAUCGCGCAGUCAGGAAGGACCCAAAGCUGCUUGAGUGAGUCUCUAGUUGGAUUCCUUGAAUUUUUGUGUUGAAAUUUACCAAGCCAAUCAGUUUGCUCCAGCCACCAACUAGAGGAUUCCAACGGGCCGUCCUGUUACUUUGUGAAAGAAUGGCUUUUAGUUUCGUGGUUGGUGUUAUCGGGGGGCUUCUUCUCAUGCAUGCUGCCUAUUCCACAAUCCAGUAUAGAGCUGUCCUGAAGAUCACAGAGGAGAAAUUUUCCGCUCCUCCAUUCAAUGUGUUUUUGGAGGUGAUUACAGGAUUGAGCCUCUGUUUAUGGGCGGGUCUUGCAGUUCCUGGGAAGUUUCUCUCUAUAUUGACUGUUUCUGAAGAUAACAGGUUGGCUUCUCUUCCUGGAAAUCUAGACUUUAUGAUCUUUAACCAUCGUGGCAAAGUUGUAGCCCUCAAGAGGGAUCUGAAAUUCAAGUGUUGAGCUCCUGUGGUUUUUCGUCAAAAUUUGAAGGCCGAGCAUGAGAAGGUUGCCUAGUUGUUGAAUACCAUCCAUUUCCUAAAUUGGACAUGUUUGACUAUAUAACCCUCCUCCUCUCUCCGUCUCUUUUUGAAGCAAUGACAUUUUUUCUAGUUCUUUUCGUUGAGACCUUUUCAGCUUGACAAGUAGUGCAAAGAAAUACGAAGUUUGUUGAUUAUAA